AUGCGGGCCCGCCACUCCGGUGAGCCGCGGCAGAAUAUUUCCUACCUGACCCCGAACCCAGUCGCAGCAUGUCACUCCUCGACCACGCAAAUCACCUCAACACAAACCCAUCCACUGAUGUUGUCCACGUCAAGACACGCUUGGGCAAAGUCUCCUCUUGCGCCAUGUGUAGCGCGGAGCUUCGUCAGAGGGGCGGCGACGACGACCCGAGCCAAGCUCUCCUAUGCCCGCCUUAACCAAACGACACCCUUGGCCAAGGAGCUUGCGAAGACGGGCUUGUGGGACCCGAGGAUAGAAAAAGCGAUCAAAAGGGCGGCCGUAGGAGAUGCUAAAACACGGCAAAAACGGCGCCCCGAUCCAGAAAAGCGGCUUGUUCCCAAGGGCGACAAGUCGCGCGUCAACAUUGUGGACGAGAAGCUAUGUGACGAUAUUUUGAAAUACCUCGGCCCUACCCUCCAGCGCCACGUUGGAUGCGACCUCGUCGAUAUUAACCCCGGCGCAGGCCUCUGGAGCCGCAAACUCCACGACGUCCUGCAGCCGCGCUCCCACGUCCUCAUGGAACCCGAUGACGACUUCUACCGGCCCUUUCUCGAACCGAUCCUCUCCCGGCCGAACACGCAGCUGAUACCGCAGUCCGGAAUCCUCUGGAAGGAGCUCAACCAGGUGCUCAAACAUAUACCGAACCAGACCCCGCAGUCGUCCGGGCGGGACGUCCCGCCGCAGCGCAACGACACGCUGCUCGUGACGGCAAACCUGUCCUUCUUCCCGAAGAGGCGGUACCGCCGGUUCGAGUCGGUCACGCAGCUCGUGCUGUUCCAGUUGCUGAGCAGCAUCCGCUCGGCUCAGCUGUUUCAGAAAUACGGACUCGUGCGUAUGCUCAUCUGGACGGGCGCGGACGACCACAAAUCCUUCAUCUCGAGGAAUGUGCAGAGCCGGCGGGCAUCGGCCUUUGACGCAGAGACAUCGUGCGAGUGGAUGGCCGAGGUGGCGGCCAAAGACGCGCUGCUGGACCCGACCACCAAGGACUGGUACGUCAGAGACAGGUGGAUCGAGGUGGACAGCACGCUUGCGACGCUGGAGCGGAUGAAGAAGAACGGGUUCGAGAUACCCGAGGGCCGCAAGAUGGAGAGCACGAAGCGCGCGGAGGCGUACGCGCGCGCGGACGGGAAGAAGUACACGGAGGAAAUGAUACCCGAGCUUCAGCGGGCGUACCUCGCGGAGCUGGAGGAGAUGGAGCGCGCGUUCGCGGCGGGGGAGAUUGAGCAGAACUACAAGUCAAAGGAUUGGAAGCGCCUCAGUUUCCUGCGUAGCCAGCGGGCGCGUCACCAGGAGGAGAGCAGGGAGUUCAAGGUGCUCCUCGAGGAGAUGUACGAGCUGGACAGGCUGCAGCGCGAGGGUUCGGUGCCGAAGGCGGAGCUCGCGGAGCGUGAUCGGGCGUGGAACGAAAAGGUAAAGCUGCUGGGCAAGAACCCGAUGGUGGACUUCCGGCUGGUCAGGGACAACAUGCACGUCUUCCGGCAGGACCCGCCGGCGCUGCUCUGGGACAGGCGGCCGUACGAGCCGCUCGCGGUGAGGGCGGAGGAGUUCUACCCGACGGUGGAGGCGACACUGCUCGACAUCCAACCCAAGGCGAUGCACCCGCUGUUCCGGGAGACGGGACCGGAGUCGUCGCGGGCGGGGGACAUUCUGGAGCUGAUUCAGCGGUCGCUGAUGGCGACGAGCCUGGAGCCGCUGAGCAGCUCGCUCGAGCGCAUAUGGCCGGGCGCGGGGGAGGGGAUCCUCCAGCACUGCCCGAGCCUGCGUGACUCGGCGCGGGGCGGAAUGCCGGGGACGGGCCAGGCGGAGAUAUGCGCGCGGGCGCUGAACGAGACGCAGUGGGCGGAGCUGCUGGAGGCGUUCAUGCAGUGGCCAUUCCGGCCUUCGUACGAGGAGCUGAUUGGGCGGUUGACGGACGACAGCGAUGACGCGGACGAUGAUGUCGGGGGCGGCAGCAGUUUCUCGGCGGAUGCGGCGCUUUCGUGA